UGCAAAAACAUACACAAGCCUCUCCUUUCCUUGUCCAUAAAACCUACCUUCCGUUUGAGCUCAAGUAGAAGAGAAAUAUGAGUGUAGAAAUCUUGGAUGGUGCGACCAUAGUGAACUUCCUUCAGGAUGAGGAAGCAUUCAGUGUGUCAGUAAGUAACCGUUUUGCUCACCUUGACACAGACAAUGAUGGCCUUCUCUCGUAUGCAGAGAUGUUGAAGGAGCUACAGAGCCUUAGGGUGUUGGAAACCCACUUCGGUAUUGACGUGGAGCCAGACCCAGACGAGCUUGCUCAGAUGUAUGAAUCCUUGUUCGUAAAAUUCGAUCACAACUUGAAUGGCACGAUUGAUCUUGAUGAAUUCAAGAAUGAAACCAGGCAGAUGCUGCUUGCCAUGGCUGAUGGGUUGGGUUUCGUGCCAAGAAGACAGUAUCCUCAAAACAGCUGUUGAAAGGGAGUCCUAUAAACUAGCUGCUUGAGUACUACUUUACUCAAGCUUCCCAUCAACAAAGUUCUACUAGUGUUGUAACAUUUUAAUGUUAUGUUUGUUGCCAUUACUGUUUUCAGUAAACCGUUUUCAAGCUGUUUUGUUUUUUUCUAAAUUACUUACGGCAAGAACUAUAUUGUCUAAAUCUGACCCUUUACAUGUCCAAUAAGGAAAAUUUGCGCCUGAGAAUGGCAAAAUUUAGGACUCUAAAUCCAAAAACCCCAUUAGAACCAUUUACUUUUUUCCAUUUCACACCCUAAACUAAACACACAUCUUUUACCUCUAUUUUAUUUCACACUCUAAUGGAGGAAUUUUAGUUUGUUCUCGAAUUAAUAGUCAAUGGAUUAUCCGUGCUCUAUUCAUCAAA